UUAUGGAAUUCCAAAGUAGAGAGCAGGGGGAUAAUGGUAAACUUCUUAAAGCCCAAAGUCACAUAUGGAAUCAUACUCUUAAUUUUAUAAACUCUAUGUCUCUUAAAUGUGUUGUUGAGUUAGGCAUACCUGAUGCUAUUCACAAAUAUGGCAAACCUAUGCCACUUGCACAACUCAUUUGUUCAUUGCAAAUUCAUCCAUCAAAAACCUCCUUUGUCCAUCGAUUGAUGAGAAUCUUGGUCCAUUCCAACUUCUUCACUACCAAGAAUGUCACCAACAAUGACCUCGAAGUUGAAGUUGGGUAUGUUCUAACCGAUUCAUCUAUGCUAUUGCUUAAGGACAGCCCCUUAAGUUUGAUACCUCACUUGUUUAUGAUCCUUGAUCCCAAUUUUAUAAAACCAUGGCAUCAGAUGUCCACAUGGUUUAAAAAUGAUGAUCCUACAUCAUUUGAAACGGAAUAUGGGAUAACGUUUUGGGAUUAUGCUAGGCAAGCUCCUAAAUUUAAUGAACUUUUCAACGAUGCCAUGGCAAGUGAUGCACGAUUGGUUAGCAAGUUUUUACUUGAUGACAAGUGCAAGGGAGUGUUUGAAGGUUUGGAAUCAUUGGUUGAUGUUGGUGGAGGCACCGGAACUGUUGCAAAGGCCAUUGCCAAAGCAUUCCCACGGUUAGAGUGCAUUGUUUUGGAUCUUCCACAUGUUGUUGCUGAUUUGGAAGGAAGUGAGAACCUUAAAUAUGUUGGAGGAAACAUGUUUGAGGCCAUUCCUCCUUCUAAUGCCAUUUUGUUGAAGUGGAUUUUGCAUAACUGGAAUGAUGAGGAAUGUUCGAAAAUACUGAGGAACUGCAAAGAGGCACUACACAUGAGCAACGGCGAAGGAAGGAAGAUUAUUGUUAUAGACAUUGUGAUGGGGGAUGAGAAGAGUGAUCAUGAGUCAAUUGAAACACAACUCUUUUUUGACAUGAUGAUGAUGGUGUUCCUCACAGGAAAGCAGAGAAAUAGAGAAGAAUGGGCCAACUUAAUAUUCUCAGCUGGUUUUAGCGACUACAAAAUAAUUCCAAUUUUAGGAAUAAGGUCUCUCAUUGAGAUAUAUCCAUAGCAAUAUAUAUGAUAAUAUAUAUAAUCAUUUUUCUAUCUUUUAAAAGAAGAGACUAUACAUAGAUCCCAUAUGAGCUUGCGUAUAUAUAGUAUUAAAAAAGAUAAAAUGAAUAAAGCAAUAUUAUUUAUGAAUUUGGAU